AGAUAAUGAUGUAUGUAUGGAGCAUGUAGUGUACUCCUUAUGCACAUUGACUGAUAAAUAACCGUGAUGAUACAGUGUAGCUAUAUGGAUAACGAGGAGUUAGAAAGGCUUGCCCAACAAGAACUUUUGCUGGAAGCAAAAAGAGCCAAAUCAAGAGCAGAAGAAGUAGGACCUGUGGGAUGGCAGAGAUGCCCUCUUCCAGCAACCAACAAGAGGUUUCUACACAAUGUAUUAGCAAGUACACUGGAACCAAAGAAAAAGAAAUCCAGAAAAACAGAAACCUUUAAAACCAAAAAGAAGGAAAAAAGUCGGAAGCUAGUACAGAAGGAAAGAUACAAAAAAAGGCCAAGUAAGGAUGAGAAAAAAUCCAGCAAAGAUGGACAUAAACCCCACAAGGACAAAUUAAAGCAAAAACGUCCCAACUUGUGAGAAAAUGAAAAUGUGCAUGCCUUGGCGUUGCAUCACAAAUGAGUGCAUCCAUCUUUCAUGCUUAGCUUUUCACUCUGUGAUCAUUUGUUGGAUUGCAAGGAAGAAUAAAUGCUCUAUGUGAAAUAAAGCAUCCACCUUCAAGCCCGCCGACUGCUUCGAAUUGGUACCAAAAAGCUACUGUUUUUUAUAAGUGCCAUCCUCAAGGAAGAACAGAUCACUUAAUUUGAUUAUUUUACAUUACCACUAUAGAAGUACAGAAAAAGUGAACUAUUUUUCUACACAGAGACAUUUUGGCUCUUUGUAUACAGUUAUUUCAUUGAAUUUGCGUUACCUGGUUAUUGUCUCGAAGUAGAGACAAAUUAGUACAUUUAUUGUUACUCAAAUAUUUUUUUUUUACCUUCUUGGAAGGUUGAGCCUUACAUAAAAUUAAAAUUACUCUCAAGUAUUAUAACUAAUAGUUAUUCUGAGUUACUAUUAUCAUUAAAUUAAACCAUUAAAUAAAAUAUCUCAAGUAAACCUCAGUUACAUUUAAAAGAGUUAUUGUUAAGGGUAAUAGUAACUGGCUUUUGAGUAUAGCACUGACCAAGACAUUCUAGGUGCCUUAUGGGCUGGGAAGGAUUGAGGACCUCAUGGUCCUGUACAAGAAAUGGCUACUUCUUGUACUUAUAUUUAAUAUAUACUUAUAUUUAAUAACUUUGUUAUGAAACAAAAGCAACUCUGGAAAUUUGUUCUAAGAGUUACAAUUCCUUUAUUGAACACCAAAACAUGAUCACCUCUGGCUAAACUGAUUGCUUGUUGCAAACUCAGUACAAAAGAGCUCUUGUGGCACACUUUUGAAAUCACUAUACUGAAGAGUGAGGACUGAAGUCAACUUUCUUUCAUAAAAUACAGUCAAGUAUAUACUGA